AUGUCAUUUGCUCAUCUCACUCACUCGCGUCCUGGAGCACAAUUACGAAUUCCAUCGACGAGAAUUGGAAUGCGUCACAGAGCUCAAAAUUACGCUAUUGGUGAAGACGCUGAAGCAGCUCAGCGCAGAAGCAGUUUACGGGUAAAGUUCCCGUUGUUGUUUACUGUUUGUUGGCCGAUUCACUUCGUGGUCGAGAGGACGCCAGCAAUUGAGGCAGUAUAUGAGAAUACAACAAGUGGAAGAGACCCAAGACACGUGAUUGAGGACGUCGUUGAAGAAAACGCCGACGAAUUUGACCCGCACGCUUCAUUUUACGGCGCUUCUGAAAAUUAUCCCUUAAAAACGGACGCCAAUUGUGCUGAUCUAACGGCUCUCGUGCUUGCACCGCCGACCAAGUACCAUACGAUGGCUGUAGUCCCAGGACGAUGCAUCAGGGGAUUCUUAGACGUUUCGUCCUUUAUAAUCUGCCUAUUUCUUGUGAUUAUUCAACUAGGAUUAAUAGACUACUACUACCUCACAGUAUUGUCCGAUAAAGUUUGGUACUCUUGGAUAGGAGCCGAUGCACUUGUCAUAGUAGUGUUAUUAUGGCUGCUCGUGCUCGCAAUUAAGUACAAUCAGACACAAAUGGAAGAGGUCUGUUCAGUCGAUGGAAAAGUGAAAUUCGCUUGGAUUGGAUGGCUGGUGUAUUCUCUAGUGCUGGUCGGAAAAAUUGCAACGUGUUUCCGUCUCUUCUACAAUGAGCUACCACCUGGACCGCUGGAUAACAAUGACAAGUUGUUCGACGACCACAUGUUCAAAUUGGGACUAUCACUCUCGGUCUUGAUCUUCCUGUUCAUGUUGGAAGCGCAUCACUACACUCCUCUAAUGAGUGCUCGUCAGCUUUACAUUACUUAUCUCUCAACUGCCAUUUGUCUUGAUCUCGUUGAUAAUAUCUACUUCCUCGACCUCCUCUGGCAGUCCUUCAGGGACAGCUGGAAUCUGCCUCUUUGGCUUGACAUCACCAUAUUGGCGGUGGCCUGCGUGAAUUUUGUGAUGCCAACUUUUGCACUUAUGAAACUUCGUUUUGGAAGAUAUCCACGCUUCCUGUACAUCAGCGACAAAAUUUGGAGCUUACUCUACGUACUCAUUGUGAACGGUCCCUUCCUUGGCCUUCGGAUCUAUCUCUACGUCUUACUCGAAGUGGAACAAAAAGGAAGACAUUACGACUUCAGUCUCUUCGCAGUAAAAAACGUAGCAGUGAUUUAUCUAGCGCUACGGGAACUUUGGACUCGGCUACAAUACUGGCGAAUGAAACGAAGAGCAACCGGAUCACGUGGUGAACUCACUGCACAACAUAAUGUCGAUGAAGAUCAUUAG